AUGACCGGACGACCGGCCCUGCCUCCUGGUUCAAACUCUUAUUCUUCCCAUCUCUCUCCUGCUUCCGGUGCUCCUCUCAACAAGCCCAUGUCAUACUUCAGCCUCGACGAUAAUAACCCCCCGGACUCAUGGUCAGGGGGUCCAGGUUCCACCACUCCGGGAACGACGGCAGAGAGCAAAACGCCUGAUGUACGCGCUAUCCUGGCCCAGGUGGCCGACUGGCUUGAGGAUGAGAAGGCAAAGCGACGGAAGCGAAAACAUUAUCGCCAUCACCAUCAUCACAGCAAGCAGUCCAAGACACCCGGCGAGCAGAGCGAUGACCCCAGGUCCAAUGACGCCAUGCUCGACGAUGAACAAGAUGGGUCGCUGGAAAGACUCGAGAGCAUUCUUCAAAACUUCUCGUUCGGCAAUUCUUCGAAUCUCCUCCGCAAGUCUUCGAGCUCUGGCCUGCGAAGAGGAUCCUUAGCCAAGAAAUACAAGCAGCCUCGCUCCGUUCCGGCAUCUUCAGACACGGAGUUCUUUGGCGACGACAUACUUGUGCCGAAUGUCGAGGCAAAGCUGGACAACUCCAAGACGAUGGCUUUCACCGGCGGUUCGGCAGAUGCGGAUACUAACGAUGGUGCGAGGAGGCAGGACUAUGAGCACUGGGUGACCUUCAAAAAGGACAUUGUCCGCUUGACGCACACUCUCAAGCUGAAGGGCUGGCGCCGCAUCCCUAUCGAUCGAGCUGCCGAUAUUGAUGUUGCGCGUCUAAGCGGUGCCCUUACCAACGCCGUCUACGUUGUCCACCCCCCAAAAGAUAUGUCCAGAUACGAUGCCCACAAUCCUUCUGAUCCUUCUGCUCCGCCUGUCCCCAUCUCCCGCCGUCGCCCUACCUCGCUUCUCCUUCGUAUCUACGGUCCACAGGUUGAACACUUGAUCGACCGAGAGGCUGAACUUGGCAUCCUGCGCCGUCUAGCCAGGAAAAACAUCGGCCCUCGCCUUUUGGGAUCCUUCGAGAACGGCCGUUUUGAAGAAUUUCUCCACGCCAAAACCCUCACGGCCGAUGAUCUGCGGGCGCCUGAAACUUCCAAACAGAUCGCGAAGCGGAUGCGCGAGCUUCAUGAAGGCAUCGACCUGCUCGAAUCUGAGCUCGCCGCUGGUCCAGCGGUUUUCGUGAAUUGGGACAAGUGGGUCGACCGGUGUGAGAAAGUGAUCACUUGGCUCGACGGACAGGUUCAUCAGGCGGAGAAGGAGCUCGCAGACGGGACAACAAGGCGAAAGUCAAGAAUACCUGCGCGCUACGUCCGGCGCGGGUUGGUCUGUGGUGUCGAAUGGCCUGUGUUCCGCAGGGCCUACGAUGCAUAUCGCCAGCAGCUCAUCGAAAAAUGUGGUGGCGCCGAGGGAGUCCGCAAGCUGCUGGUCUUUGCGCACAAUGACACUCAAUAUGGAAACCUGAUGCGCCUACAACCCUCUGGCACCUCACCUCUCCUUCGACCAUCGAAUCACCACAAACAACUCGUCGUCAUCGACUUUGAGUACGCAGCACAAAAUCCUGUAGGGUUAGAGUUCGCAAACCAUUUCACCGAAUGGUGCUACAACUAUCACGGUCCUCCGGACAAGAACUUUCAGUGUGAGACGCGACGGUAUCCGGAUGAGCAGGAACAACACCGAUUCGUGAGGAGCUAUGUCAUGCACCGACCACAAUUCAACCCCGCCGCAAGUGCGACGCCCAAGAUGGAGGGGCGGGAGAAGACCAACAUUAGUGAUUUCAUGCUUGAUGCUCGUACUCCUGGAGGCGGAACAGCAAAUGCCUGGUUAGGGAGUAGCGGAUUUGAGGAGGCACCUGAAUUCGAUUACGAUAAAGAGGAGUCAGAAAGAGAAAAGGCCCAGGAAGCAGAAAUUCAAAGGUUGUUGCAGCAAACGAGGCUGUGGCGGGUUGCAAAUUCAGCACAAUGGGUGGCCUGGGGAAUUGUGCAGGCAAAGGUGCCGGAGCUGGAUGCGUUGGAGGAAAAGGAAAAGGAGGAGAAGACCUUGAGCAAACGCAUCAAGGAGAGGAGGAAGAGCGUGACAGAGAUGGUAUCUGCGGGAGAGCAGAAGAUUGUCGAGAAGAUGAAGAACUUGCUGGGCAAGGAUGGCGGCGGGAGACAUCAUCAAGUGGAACACGCGAAUCCAAUGUCCGACCCCCUGACCGAAGAGGAGAAACGGCUGCAGGCGGAGAGUCACUGGGACCGACCGGAAGGACGAGCACAAGAGGAAGCACACCACGAAGGCAAUGGAGAUGUUGUGAUGAAGCACCAGAAUUCCACUGGUGGUAACGCCAUCGACGAGCAUGCCGCAAAGAACACCGAUCUUGAACAAGCGGUCACAAUCAAUGGUGAAGAGAAGACACGUCCCAAUGGCCACGCAGAGACAACACAAGAAGACGACGCAUUGGUGUCCCGCCCGAGCUCUCCCUCGGACGCCGGUGACGAAGAGCCCGAGGACGAAUUCGACUACCUCGCCUACGCCCAGGAACGCGCCAUGUUCUUCUGGGGCGACUGCCUCCGGCUGGGUCUGGUCAAGGAGGCAGAGUUGCCCAAGGAUCUCGUCCAAAGGCUCAAACUUGUGCCGUAUUGA